AUGGCUGCGAACCAGGGCAUCGGCACCGACCCGACGGGCCCGACGGAGAACGAGAAGAAGGUGGUCAUGGACAACAUGGCGCGGCAGGACUCGUCCAGCCUCAACGGCGGCGCGCAGAUGGGCCAGCAGCAGCCGGUGGACGACUUAGCCGGGCCGCAGCGACGGCCGUGGCACCGCGCGCUCGUCGACUCGGCCAAGACGCCCGGGUCGGCCAUCCAGAUCAUCAUCGCGGCCGCGCUGGCCAUCACCAUCGGCAUGUCGGUAACGACGCAGGUUGAAAAGGUGCCCAAGGCGGUGAUCGACCUCGUCAUGAUCCCCGGCGACCUCUGGCUGCGGGCGCUCAGGGCGGUCGUCAUGCCGCUCAUCAUUACGGCCAUGAUCCUUGCCAUCGUGCGGCUGCGCGAGAUGACGGGCAACGGCGCCAUCCUGGCCCGCUGGACCGUGGGCUACUAUGUCUUCACCACCAUGAUCGCCAUUGUGCACACGUGCAUCCUCGUCGACCUGGUCUGGCGCCGCCUCAUGACCGAGGUGACGGGCUCCGCGCUCGAGCUGUCCGACUCGCUGUCCAAGACGGUGGAGACGCGCAAGGAGUUCGAGCCCCACGUGGUCGUGGUCGAGAUGUUCCGGUCCUUCAUUACCAACAACAUCUUCCACUCGCUCGCCAACGAUGGCCUGCUCGCCAUCCUCAUCGCCGCCUGCGUCGUCGGCUACCUGCUGGAUCCCAUGGGUCCCAUCAUGAAGGCGGUCGAGGAGAUCGAGAAGCUCGUAACCACAAUCAUCACCUUCCUCAUCAAGAUCGCCCCCAUCGGCGUCUUUUUUCUGAUCCUGCCCAACCUGUUCCGCCUCAACAUCGCCGAGAUCGGCCAGAACCUGGGCGUGCUGCUCGGCUCCGCCCUGGCCGGCAUGUUCCUGCACCUCUUCAUCCUGAUCCCCAUCAUCUACGUCAUCGUCGUGCGCGAGAACCCCUACCCCGUCUGGUUCGCCUCGGCCCCGGCCUGGCUGACUGCCUGGGGUACCGCCUCCUCGGCCGCGACCCUUCCCGUCACCCUGCGCGAGGCCCUGGCCCGUGGCGUGCCCAGCACCGUUGCCAAGUUUUCCGUUCCCCUGGGUUGCUUGAUCAACAUGGACGGUACCGCCAUCUACUUCCCCUGCUGCGUCGUCUUCCUGGCCCAGACGCAGGGCAUCGUGCUCGACGGCACCAAGUACGUCAUCAUCGUGCUGCUCGCGACGCUCGCCUCGAUCGGCACCACGCCCAUCCCGUCGUCGUCGCUGGUCCUUACCGUCAUGAUCGCGCAGUCGGUCGACGUGCCCAUCACGGGCAUGUACGGCGUCAUCAUCGCCAUCGACUGGUUCGUCGACCGCUUCCGGACCGCCACCAACGUCUCGGCCGACAUCUACGCCGCAAAGAUCGUCACCAAGAUCACGGGCAUCAAGGACGCCGAGGACGAGUCCUCGUCCGACGACGACGCCGUCCGCGCCCCCGACUACGCCCCGCCCGCCGGCCCGCCCCAGGACAACGCCAACCGCGUCUGA